AUGGAUGACGAGGAGGCAGCGGAAAUAGCUCAGCUGCGUCAGCAGCGGUCACGCCUUAAGGAGCGCCUCGAAAGUCGCAAGAAAGCCACCGCGUCGCUUGUAAACGACUUGCUGACGUCAGCUCCUUCCACCGGUGGAAGCGGCGGAAUUUCCGCCGCGCGCCGCUCGCCUUCGGUCGACGAAGUUCCGCCUGUCGCGACGACGAACACGGCGCUGGCGGCGACGGGGUUGACCAACAGCGCGAAUGCCGGCGGCGGCGGCGGAGGCGGAGGAAGAUCUGACGUGUCAGGCAGCGAAGGUCGCGACGACGGAGGCGACUCGAACGUCAGCUCGGGCGCUGCGGGAGCCACCGAGGCAACAGCUGGCGUUAGCGGCGGCGGCGGUAGCGGGCCGUUAACGAAACGGCAGCGGAAAAAAGGCUCCCUUCAGAACAUUCUAGAAGGUUUAGAAGACGAGAAAGCGGGCCGCGGCGGCGCGGGAAAGCUUAGUGGCAUAGUAGCAAGAGGAGGAGGAGGAGCAGCAGCAGCGGGAGGAGGAUUCGCAAUUCCUUCUCGAACUGAAAGUCCGAACCUUUACGCGGGUCAGCAAACCCCCACGCCUCCGCCAAUUGACACGUUCCCGCGAGAGGAAGACAUAGUGGACGAGUCGCGCCGGUCGCUGACGUCACUCGAGCGUGUGGAGCGGCUCGUGGCUGCCGUCCUGCUGGCGGCCGGCACGGCGGUGCCUUUGGACUCUAGCGCGAUAAAUAGGAGAUUAAAGAAGGAGUUAAACCCCGAAAGUAUAGACCAAGCCGCGAUUUUAGAGGUCGGAGGGGAGGACGGGCCAAUAGGCGCGCUAGAAACGGCCCUUAGGGUUCUUGCGGGGAUGACUGUCGGGGGGGGCGCGGAAGCGGGAGGCGGAGCGGGGAAGGCGGGGGGAAAGCGGAGCUGGAAGGGCGGAGCAGGGGGGAGCGUGAGUGGAGCGCCUUUAGUGGAGAUAGAGGAAUUUGCUGUGGCUGGAGUGGCUAGAAGCUUCCCGGAAGCAGCAGGAGAGGGAGGAGGAGGAGGAGGUGGGGUUGCUGCUAGGCAGGAGGGGAAGGGGCGGUUUUGGGCGGGAGAAUCGGAGGUUUGGGGUUGGAAGAGGGGGGAUGGGGGGGGAUGGGGGAAGAAUGGGGGGGGGAAGGGGGGCAGGGAGGGGAGGGACAUGGGGGAUAGGGAAGGACCCUCGCAGUUUCCUCCUGGUAUGGCUCCGCAUGGGUUUGAACCCGCAGGGCCGAUGGGUGGGGUGAAUUACCCUGGUGGAGGCAGGGGGUAUUUUCCUGGUGGGGGUGGGCCAGGAGGGGGUAUGGGGGGGAAUUUCCCCCCUGGGGGUGGACCAGGGCCAAUGGGCAUGCAUGGGGGGGAGGGCCGAGGAUGGGGGGAAUGGGGGAAAGGCCCCCCUAUGGCCAAGGGGGAAUGGGCGGAGGGCCUUCCCCCUCCCUUCCGCCCCCACCCGAGUCUCCCCGCUCCCCACUCUUUGGGAAUGGGCGGAGGGGGAAGAGGCGGAGGGGGAGGGCCAGGCGGAGGGGGGCAGGAUGCAGGGGGGAGAUGGGGGAGGGGGAUGGCAGCAGAAGCGGGGGAGGGUCGAGGCGGUGGGGGGGAAACCGGAGGGGAAGGGGAGAAGGAGGGGGAGAAGAAGGGGGAGAAAAAAAGGGAGGGGAGGAACAAAGGCGGGGAGGGAGACGGGGAGGAGAACGAGGAGGAGGGGGAGGAGGAGGAGAUGAGGGUGGAGGAGAUAUUAUCAAAGAAGUCGUUUAAAGAAAUGCAGCAGUCUAAGCGGGGAGAGGAGCUACUGGAGCUGCUGCAGAAACCCACUGCGAAAGAAACGGCUGUUGCUGCACGGGAGGAGGAGAUGAGGGAGGAGGAGAUAUUGUCGAAGAAGUCAUUCAAGGAGGUGCAGCAGUCCAAGCGGGGCGAGGAGCUGCUAGAGCUGCUGCAGAAACCCACAGCCAAGGAGACAGCCGUUGCUGCACGGUUCAAGACCAAGGGCGGGUCCAUGGUGCGAGAGUACUGCAACCGGCUCACUAAAGACGACUGCCGCCGCCACCGCAACUCAUACACUGCUUGCGACAAGGUGCAUUUCCGUCGCAUCAUAUCCCCGCACACCGACAUGAACCUGGGAGAUUGCUCUUUCCUCGACACUUGCCGCCACAUGAAGACGUGCAAGUACGUGCACUACGAGCUGGACCCGGUGCCGGACGGAGCACCCUACGGGGGCAUGAUCCCUCCGGGGGCCGCCCUGCCACCCGCCGCCGCUGCUGCUGCAGCCAUGGGCAUAUUCGGCCCCCAUGGGGGGCCAAUGGGGCCGCAUGGCAUGCAUGGGCACGGGCCGGCCAUGCCGCCUGUGGUGCAGAUUAAUUCCUUCGGCCAGUACAUCCCCUCCACCAUUCCAAGACCGUUCGACCGGCCUCCAAGGCCGGAAUACUGCUCGCAGGUGGAGCUAGGGGAGGCUCAAUGGGUCAAUUGCGACAUCCGCAACUUCCGCACGGACAUUCUGGGGCAGUUCGGGGUCAUCAUGGCGGACCCACCGUGGGAUAUUCACAUGGAGCUACCAUAUGGCACCAUGGCGGAUGAUGAGAUGCGCACCCUGAAUGUGCCGGGAUUGCAAACGGAUGGGCUCAUAUUCCUUUGGGUGACAGGCCGUGCUAUGGAGCUGGGUCGAGAGUGUUUGGAGCUGUGGGGGUACCGUCGCGUUGAGGAGAUAAUAUGGGUGAAGACGAACCAGCUGCAGCGCAUCAUUCGCACGGGGCGCACGGGGCACUGGCUGAACCACAGCAAGGAGCACUGCCUGGUGGGCAUCAAGGGCGCUCCCCUCGUGAACCGCAACAUUGACACCGACGUGAUCGUCGCUGAAGUCCGCGAGACGAGUAGAAAGCCCGAUGAGAUGUAUUCUAUGCUAGAGCGCAUUAGUCCAAGGACAAGGAAGCUGGAGCUGUUUGCACGCAUGCACAACACACACGCGGGCUGGAUCUCUCUGGGCAAUCAGCUAGAUGGCACACGGCUUGUGGACGCAGACUUGCGCAAGAGGUUUAAGGAGGUGUAUCCAGAUAUCGAAAUCCAGCCACCAGACCCCCCAUCUGAGGAUGCCGCAGCUGCCAACACAAAGUAA